AUGACGGGCGGCGGCGCGAGGACGCAGAAGAACAAGGCUCACAAGUCGCGGUUCGGCGCCAAGAGCCAACGCUCGUUGCACAAGGUCGCCAAGGCGUCAGACGGCGGAGCAGCAGGGGCAGCGCGCGGGGGCGCGAAGGGCAAGGGGAAGGGCCAUGGCGCCGUCGCCAAGGCGGAAAGGCUCAACCGCAACAAGCUGCUGAGGGACAGCAAGCGAGCAAGCGUGCUGGCGGCCAAGCGGGCGCUCUCUGCUUCCUUCACGCCACCCCGCGUCGUGUCUGCGGGCGCCCAAGCAGCAGCGGGGCAGGGAAUGGAGGUGGAAGGGGGAGAUGCGGAGGCCAUCAGGGGGAGGGCGCAGGGAAUUGGGGGCGUGCGCCUGGUGGCUCUUCCCAAGCUCAGGGCGCGCUUUGCUGUCGUGCCGUGCCCGCCGGGGGAUCUGCUGCGAUGCCUCGAGCUCAUCAAGAUCGCAGACGUGGUCAUCUUCGCGUCUACAAUCGCUCCUAUUGACCCCCUCCCCCCCUCCACACCAUCAGCCCUCUCCACCUCCUCCCUCCACACCCACACCACCUCACACUCCCACACUCACUCCCUCCGCACCACCACCACCAACAAAUCCUCCUCCUCCUCCUCCCCCUCUGCUGCGGCCUACAUUGACGACUGGGGCCGCUCAGCUCUCUCUGUGGCGCGGGCGCAGGGCUUGCCUCUCCAGGUCGCCCUCGCUUCCAGCCUCUCCUCCCCUGCCUCCUCCUCUCCAGCUUUUGCUGCCGCCUCGCUCGCUCCCUCCUCCUCCUCCGCGUCUGCGCUCUUUGGAGCUUCCAUGGGCUCGUUGAUCCAGCAGCAGCAGGGCCAGGGGGGGCAGCAGAAGGCGGGAGGCGCGGACGGGAAGAGGCACGGGGAGCACAGGAAGGCGGCUCUGGCGUUGCUGGGAGGGGAGUUCCCCAAAGGCACGUGCCAUGUGUUUGCCGUUGACUCGCUCGCAGAGAUGGCACCGGUGGUGCGACACAUAGCAGAGCAUCGUCCCGUCACUCCUGGCUGGCGCACACACCGCCCCUACCUCGUGGCACACAAUUUUGACUUCAUCCCCGGCGCAGGCGACGCAGGUUCUGCAGCAGCUGCUAAGAGCGCGACAUGUGGCACGUUGCGGGUGGUUGGCUAUGUGCGCGGCCACGGGAUCAACGUGAACCAGCUGGUGCACAUCACAGGAGUAGGGGACUUUCAGCUGGCUCAAAUCGACCAAGUGCCCGAUCCCUGUGCUGCUGGCGAGCAUGGGAGGCCGGGGGGGAGAGGCGAGCUGAGGGAUCCCCUUGUGGUGCUCAACACACCUGACCCGCUGGCUGGCGAACAGGCGGCAUGGCUGGCAGCUGGUCAAGAGGAGGAGAGCGAGGGGGAAGAGGAGGAUGAGGAGGAGGGAGAGGAGGGAGAGGAGGCGAUGGAGGAGGGAGAGGAGAGAUAUGAGGAUGGGGGGGAGCAGGGAGGAGCCGAGGAGGAGGAGGAGGAAGGGUCUGGGAGUGAUUGGGAGGAGGUGGAUGAGGAUGAGGGAGUGGGAGGGGAGAGGCUCGAGGGAGGCAGCACCCACGAUGGGCUCAUGUUCCCUGACGAGGUGGACACGCCUGAUGACAUCCCAGCACGGCAGCGCUUUGCCAAGUACCGCGGGCUCAAGUCCUUCCGCUCCUCGCCGUGGGACCCCAAGGGGUCCCUCCCCCCUGAGUACGCGCGCAUAUUCUCCUUUGACAACUGGAAGAGGACGCACAAGGCUGCGGAGGAGCGGGCGGCAGCGGUGGACCGGGGCGAGGUGCCGGGGUCGGUUGGGGCGGGGACAUUUGUCAGGUUGCACAUUAUGAACGUGCCGUGCUCCGAAGCAGAGCGCCUCAAGCAUGAGGCGGCCAAUCGCGGGCUGCCACUUGUCGUGACGGGGCUGCUGCAGCACGAGACGCGCAUGACGGUGCUGCACUUUUCGGUCAAAAAGGCCGACGCCUUCGCCGCCCCCAUCAAGUCCAAGCAGCGCCUCCUCUUCCACUGCGGCUUCCGACGCUUCUACACUCGCCCCACCUUCUCAACGGACGACAUCAACCUCGACAAGCACAAGUUCGAGCGCUUUCUGCACCCGGGAAGGUUCGCGGUAGCUUCCAUCUUCGCGCCCACACUCUUCCCGCCGCUCCCCCUGCUCGUCUUCGCCGACCCGUCUGCGGCCAAUCAGCACGCAGGAGAGGGUGUGGGGGCAGGGAUUGUGGGCGGAGGGAGUGUGGUGGGGGGGAGUGUGGUGGGGGAGGGGGAGGAGCUGCAGCUGGCGGCAACGGGGGCUUUAAGAGGGCCGGACCCCGAUCGGAUUAUUUUGAAGAAGAUUGUUCUGUCGGGGUGA